UAGCUGUAGCAUGAGCAUUGUCCCCUCCCCUCCUCCUCUGGGCACAGUGACGUGACUAUAAUGGCUGAGGUCUGACUGUUCUGCUGUUAUAUCAGGAACGGUGGGUGAUGUGUGCCCCUGCUGAGGGUUGGGAGGGACAGUCGACAUGUGUCCCCGCAGCAGUGAGCAAAGUCCUGAUCACAUGUGUCUUAGGGAGAAGAUCAAGAGCCUCCUUGGGAAAUAUGAUGUCGGCAGUCAAUACAGUCACAUUCCUCUGACGAAAGCUUCUAUCCUGCUCCCAUUGUUAAUUAGACAAGGAAAACCCCAUCUCGUCCUCACUGUCAGAUCAAUGCAACUACAAACAAUGCCUGGACAGGUGUGCUUUCCAGGUGGAAGACAGGAACCUACAGAUGAAGAUGAUAUACAGACAGCUCUUAGAGAAAGCAAAGAAGAGAUUGGUCUGUGCCCUGAGCAAGUAGAAAUCAUUGGCAGGCUAAUGCCUUGUCUCACCAAGUCUCCUGUUUACUUGGUUACCCCAGUUGUAGGCAUUGUUGAAGACUCAUUCCAGCCAACACCCAACCCCAGUGAAGUUGCAGAUGUAUUUCUUGUUCCCUUGGAGUUUUUUAUCAGCACAGAGCACUAUACACCUCUACAAGUAAAUAUACCAUCUCAUGGACCACAUAUUGUCCAUCAAUUUCUCUACAUGGAUGCAGACACCAAAAAAAGAUUUACUAUAUGGGGACUAACUGCUCAUUGCGCCUUAAUGCUAUCCGUCAUCCUCUUAGAGAAGACACCUUCUUUCAAUCCUGGGUUUGAUCUGAAAAGCAACUUGAAUUUGUUUAAAAAUAUCCUGCAAGCAUUAACCAGUCAGAGCAAAUUGUAGGGAGUCCAUCUCCACAUCGUCCUCCUCAGGUGCCACUACCUCCUCAUCCAACUCCUCCUCCACAAGGAGAACAUCUGUACUGCUGCCAUCAAGAUGUGAAGUACCCUCCAUCACUGCUUCUUUCAUCAUCGCCAUCAGCAUCUGCUCCAAAAGGAAUUUAAUUUUGAAAUAAAAAUAAAAAUGUUAAUUUAUGGUU